AUGGCUACCCGGGUUGCUCGUUCCAUCCAAAACUCCUACACUUCAUCAACGACCGAUGGAUAUGUUGAAGGCCUCUGCAGAUCGUGGGCGCUGCCAUCACUGGUGCUGGCCAGUAUACGAGCCCUCUUCAGUAUCUACGCCUUCGUAGUGCUCUUCUACCAGAUAGCAUACCGUCUUGGCAAUGGACAAGACGAGCAGGUCCAGCAGUCUUUCAGCUACUUCACGGUCCUCGGAUACUGGGGCCUGGCAUUCUACUUCGCCUUCGCGACGGCACAUACCAUCUCAUACGCUUUGGGGAGCAGAGCGUGGCUUCAGUCGUGGCCGGCAUGGAUGAAGUGGCUGCAUGGCGUCUUCUACGCCACUGUGACCGUCUUCCCCUUCAUCGUGACAGCGGUUUACUGGGCCGUCUUGUCAGAGGAAGCCUUCGUCUCGCAGUUCAGCACAUGGUCCAACAUUUCUCAGCACGCCAUGAACUCCGGCUUGGCCUUCCUCGAGGUCAUAUUGCCGCGAUCAACUCCACAUCCAUGGAUCAAUCUCCCUGCUCUGAUCUUACUCUUAGCAUGCUAUCUCGGUUUGGCAUAUCUUACUCACGAUACGGAAGGCAUAUAUGUCUACGACUUUCUCAAUCCAGCAAAUGGUGCCGGAUCAGUGACUGGAUACUGCUUCGCAAUCUUAGCUGCAUGUAUUGUAGUCUUCGUGGUUGUGCGCUACAUACAAGUGCUUCGGAGCUGGAUAUGCAACAGGUCCAGUGGGCACCAGCCUAGUCGACGCCAGCCAGCAUCGCUUACGAAAGAUGGUGCGGAUGUUGAGAUGGGUCAAGUACAGACAAAGUCUGUAAACUUCUGA